AUGCCAUUAUCGACUAGAUCAGCCGGAGCCGGAGGAUCGUCUGCUACUAUGAUGAAAUUGUUCACCGACGAAGCACAAGGAUUGAGAGUCGACCCAUUGGUUGUGUUAUUUUUGGCAGUUGGAUUUAUUUUCUCUGUAAUUAUCUUGCAUGUUUUUGCUAAGAUUACCGGUAAAUUUUCGUCUUAG